AUGGCCGACCACACUGUGCUCCUCAAAUCUAUCGUGGAGUAUGUCAAAAAACCCUCCGGCCGUCAACGAUGGGAAGAUUUCAUUCUAGCUGAGGCUACCGGAAUCGUCGAGGCGCAGAAGCCUCCCCGUGGAGCAUAUCCCAAAGGCGCAUACCACAAUACUAAGAAUCUCUCUCCCUAUUUCUUUAGCUCAAAAUCGAAGAGACAGCGAACUGAAGAUAUCAAAGAUCAUAUGCCCUUUUUGUUUGAACUCCUUGUGAAUAAGAUGGGACAUCGACCCGGCAAUAAUCAAACAAUGAAGGACGGAAACGACUUGAGUGAUUGUGACUCAGAUUCUGCCGAGACUUUGAGUGCAGCAAGCGAGGACGAUCAUUACAUGUUCAGCGGGAAGACUUUGAAUGGACCGAAGAAAAAAUCGUCGAUAGAUCAUGGUCAAAGAGCUCGGAUGACUGCGUCAACGAUGUGCUCAAUGGCUGCAUUUGUCUCAAAUCGACGUCACAAUGGACAUCAACUUGCAAACUCCAUCUCUUUCCUAGCGUGUGGUGUUACCGACCGAGUCAGCAAGUUCUUACAGUAUGUUGGCCUCUCAUCCUCCCGCCAAACAGCCCACAACUCCUUGCAUCGACUGAGCAAGCAAGCCGAAAGACGAAUUGCAACGAAGAUUGGCCGAACUCCUCCCAAUCUCCCAACAUUAGCCCCUUUCUUGUGCUUUGACAACCUCGAUUUCGAACAGAGGAUACAUACACAGUCGAUUGGCCAUUCAACCCACAUGUUCCACGGUACGUGGGGCUAUGUACAUCAGAUAAAUCAGGCUUUACUCGAUUCGGUACCCAAGGCCGAUCUUACUCUGGCGAGCUACAAACGAGCAAUGUCUAACAUUUCAAAACUUGAAGUCACCCCUAAAAUGUUCAUUCCAAAACCACCAGAGGACGAGCACUGGGAAUUCGUCUUGAAAAGUCAAAUCGCGCGUACAAUUCUCGAGCAUAUUGCUCAACCAUCUGAUUCACAAGUAUCAAUUGCGAUUCAGCCUCCCAUGAUUGAUCAACUUCCGGCCGACGAGCCUGACAUAACCAUGCUGAAACUGAUGGUUGCUUCAGAUAACUCAUCACAAGGAGUUGGUGAAGUAUUUGAAGCAAUUGUUAAUCAGUCAAGCAUCUCCAUGACCGACUUUGCCAGUCGACUACAGAUUAUCGAUGCUGAUCUAGCUUCUUGUACAAACAUCUCAAGUUUGCGAACUCAGCGAGUGCCAAGCAGGCAUCCUGAAGAAAGCUUAUCACAUGUCUUAACAAUCUUGGGGGGAUCGCACACACUGUGGAACAUUGCCCAUGCAAUCUAUUCAAAGCACUACGGAAAUUGCUCUGACUCGCGCGAUUCAGGCGCCUGGCGAUUUCUUCAAGGUCUUGGAAUUCCGUGUCCAAAUGUUGUGGACAAGAAAGACUUCACGCUUAUGAUCAAGAAUAUGGACAAGAUACAUACAGCGACGUUGGUUUACUGCAUCAAACUGGUGAUGGGUACCGAGAAAGAAAACAUCAAUGACCAACUCGAACAGCUCCCUAGCAAAACAAUCAAUGAUUUAAUUGAUCAAACAUUCGAUCGAUUCUUUUCACCUGAGGCCAAAAAAGCCUCACAAGGCUCAGCGAAGUUGUCAAACUUAAUACUGCGUUUAUCCGAUUUCGCGUCUGUUGUUGAGGGGAAUGCUGCAAUGAAAGCUGGAGAUGUCGGAAGGCUAAUGGUUGUCUGGAAACGAUGGGCUGUUAUAUCGCAAGGGAUCAAGAAACUGACUCAAUAUUCUGUUCAACUACCUCGGAUGAUCUUACUACUGAACGAGGUAUUACCACGUGGCUUGGCCCACAUUAUAUUACAUUCACUAUUGAUCGCCCCGAGUGGACGUCAGAAGCAUUUUGUUGCAAAAGAUCAACAUCUUGAGCAGCAGAACUACUGGCUGAAAUUCUUUUUCAACCAUGGAGGUCGAGGGGCUGACAUUGAUCGGCUCAAAAAUGUGUACUCAGUCAACAUUACAUUGCGACCUGGCGAGUGA